CCCGUGUUCUCAGUUCAUUGAGUAACAUCUCCUCAUCCCACCAGCGCCGCACACAGCCGCUGCCUCUGUGAACACUGAACCAGGAGCGCUCACUGAGGCGGAAGGAACAUUUUCGUGGAUUCGCCUCAUCUUUGCAGGCUGCUAGCACGAUAACCAGGAAGUCAGCAUGAACACUGUGCCCACUGACAGGAAGCCCCUUGUGGAUUACGGCGUCCAGAUCCGCUUCAUCAAGGACCUCCACGACACAGGCGGAGGUUAUCCUGAUAAAUCCAGAGGGAACAACACCGCAGCCCCUCCUACCAAUAAGUACGGGGUAGCAGUGCACGUUCAGGGAAUCUCCGGACAGCCUUAUGUGGUCCUGAAAGACGGCGAGAAGGGGGACUCUUACGGAGUUCAGCUGAACAGCCCCAGCUCAGGGCCACCUUCACCUUACAACAGCCUCCCCAAAACAAAUAAUGGACCAGCAGAAUUAGCAAACCCCUUCAGCCCUGCUGUAAAUACAGCACGCUCCCCCGUGUCUCCAGCGGAGGAUGAGGUCGGGGAGAUUUUUGGGAGCCCUCAUAAAAGACCUCCAGGGGAUGGUCAAGCUGGAACACAAGGGGAGGAGGAGGGCGGAGCUGGUAGAAAAGCUGGACCCCGACACAAAGCAACUGCCGGCGAAGCAGAGAGAAACAGAGAUAGGACUAGGGAUGAGGAGUAUAACGAAGCAGGCCUGAAACCUGUCAAAUUGAACUGCAUGGGACCCAGAGGGUUCAAGCAAACUGGCUCUGGUCACACCGGCUCUUUGGGGAGAUGCAGUGUGGGGUGGAAAAGCCAAGAGUCCCCUUCAGAGUCUCCCCCAAAACCUCCACCAUCCACUAAUGUAGAACCCAUUCCAGAAAUUGAUACCAACUCCCUGGCUCCCAUCAACAAGCUCAUCAGUAAGUUCAGCUUUGGGACGCCAGCUACCGCCUCACAGACGAGGGGCCGCACCGGAGCGAGGCAGAGGCUCAAGUUUGACGAGCACCGGCGGUCAAAAAGUCUUGAUGCAAGAAAAGAUGUCCAGCCCGAGGGUCCCUCGCCUAGAUCUACGACUCCGAAUCCCUACGCUAUUCCUCUGUCUGCCUCCUCCACGUUGUUGGCUGCAUCUGUCCCGCCGAGCAGUGGCCUGGAAAGCGGUCCUGCAUCUGUUUCCAGGGGGACGGCACUCGAGGCCCCCAAGCCGAGCUUCAAGUCACUAGGGAAGUUUGUUGCAAAGGACAACUAUCCAACUGUAGCCAAAAAGCCUAAGAUCCCUCUGAGGAAUGAAAGCCAAGUCAAUGGGGAGGAAGCUCGAGUGAGGCCAGCUGUUAACAACAUCCUUAAAAAUGGCCCCAGUGAGAGUGAGGGAUCCCUCAAAAGACCCGUCAACCUUGUCUCCGAGACAAACGGCAGCUUUAAGGGAGGAUCUGAUGGAAGCCUCAAAAAGGGGAAACUCGAGGAGCUUCAGGAGCAACUUAAUCGCUCCAAGAAAGAACUGCAGCAAGUCCAGGAUGAACUCGCAGAGGAGCGGAUGGCCAGAGAGGUGGCGGAGUCUCGUCUGCGCCUACAGGAAGAUCAGCUCGCUGAGCUUCAGGAGGAUCUAAGGAGGGUUUCAGAAAGCUCUCCCCGGUCGGUGCAGACGGACGUGAGGACUCUGCAGGCCGACCUGGCUGAGGCUGCCAUGUUGCGUCGGCGCCAGGAAGAGGUUCUCCACCAACGGGAGCGGGAGCUGACGGCCCUGAAGGGGGCGUUGAAGGAGGAGGUGGAGUGCCAUGACAAGGAGAUGGAGACCCUGAGGGAGCAAUACAGCCAGGACAUGGACAACCUGAGAACAACGAUGGAGCAGUUCACACAGUCCCAGGAGCAGAUAGAAGAGGAGCGUGAGAGGGUGAACACCUCCAUGUUGACGCUGCAGGAAGACCUGGAGGGCUGCAGAGAUCAGGAGGCGCGAUGGAAGACGCAGCUGGACGUCACCGCAAAGGAGCUGCAAAACACCAAAGAAGACAGGAGCCGGACACACGCCACCAGCAGUCGAAUGCUGCUGAGAUCUCGAGCGCAAAGGGAUGAAUUUGAGGGCGAGCUGAUAGAUCUCAAGGACUCACUGCUCACUGUGCAGAAACAAACGCCUGCGUCUGCCAAUAUGUUGUCUUUAGCCGAGGAGCUCCGGCAUUGCCAUGAGGAUCUGAAGCGGGCUGGCGCCGAUCUGGACAAACAAAAGGUUGAGUUGGACGAGGAGAGAGAGAAACUUCGAGCCCUGAAGAAAGCAAGUGGAGAGAAAAAGGCUGAGCUUCUGUCUGAGAUCAGCAGGUUGAAGGAGGAGAAAGACAAGGCCGAGCUGGAAAAGGCAAACGAGAAGUCAUCAGUCGGGUCUUCAGGAAAGACUGUGGUGGACCACGGCGCCAACCUGGAGCUCCAGGAAGCAAACACUCGCCUCAGAGAGAGGCUGGCCCGCAUGACGAGGCUUCACUCCAGCGCGCCACGGAGUCUAGAGGCUGAGGAGGCGGUGGAAGCUCUGGAGGACGAGAACCGCUCCCUGAAGACCCACCUGGAGGAGGCCAAGAGAGGAGCCACCCGCCUGAGCAAGGAGAAGGACGAGCUGAGCCGGCGGCUGGAGGAGAGGGACCUGGAGAGGGAGGCCCUUAGGAGGGGCAAGACUGACGUAGAGGAGCAGAAGAGGCUGCUUGACCGAGCUCUGGAUAAGAUUAACAAAGAGAUGGAGAUAAUGAUGGGAGAUUCCCGUCAGUCAGUGGCCACCCUUCAGACGCAGCUUGAAGACUACAGGGAGCGCUCGAGGAAGGACAUGCUGGAAGGCCAGCGCAACUGCAAAGACCGGCUGGUGGAGCUGCAGAGGGCUCAGAGCACCCUCAAGGUCCAGCAGGAGGAGGUUUCCCGUCUGAAGAAGGAGCUACUAGUUUGCAGCGAGGAGAGAGACAGCGCCCAGUUGGAGAGAGACCUCUUCAGCAACCGUCUCAAACACUUGGACAGCGAACUAGAAUCCGAGAAGAGCACCCACACCGACCGCACCAGGGAGAUCAGGGGCCUGGAGGAUAAGAUAAAGACCUUGGAGAUCGAACUGGACGAGGAGAGGAGCAGCGUGGAGCUUCUGAACGACCGCAUCAUGCGUACCAGAGAUCAGGUGGACCUGCUUCGCUCAGAGCUGAUGCAGGAGCGUUCGGCGAGGCACGACCUUGAAAUGGACAAGAGUGCACUCGAGAGACAGAUUAAGGAGCUGAAGUCCCGCAUGGUGGACAUGGAGGGAUACACUCGGCCCUCGCCUGCACUCAACCUGCUAGAAAACAAAAUUCAAGAGUUGGAGGAGAGGCUACACAGUGAAGAAAGAGAGAAGGCCACUCUCCAUGCCUCUCAGAGACGAAUGGAGAGGAAACUGAAAGAGCUGAAUGCCACAUUAGACCAGGAGAGAAGCCAGCAUGUUGAGCAGAGAGAUCAGCUGUCUCUGCGUGUGAAGGCCUUGAAGCGGCAGGUGGACGAGAGCGAGGGAGAGGUGGAGCGCUUGGAGGGAGUCCGCCGAAAGGUUCUCAGGGACUUGGAGGAGCAGCAGGAGCUCCAGGAGGGGCUGCACGCUAAAGUCGCAGCCCUGGAGACGGAACUGAAGCGGAAGUCUCAGCACUCGCAUCGUGCAGCUCUGGGCUCCUCCACGUUUAGCUCGGAGGACGAGGAGGGUUUCUACGACACCAACAUCGCCUCCAUCCUGAACGAGAGCCACACACAGACCGCCAACUGCUAAAAGGAAGAUGAAUAAAACGAUUUCUCUCAUGUCUCCGAUGCAAACACAUGUAAGAUUUCAUCAAAGAGAGGCACUGAGGGCGCCAAGGACUCGGUUGCGUGGAGAACUCGGUUGCCAUGCACUACAAACUUGCCUUGCAGUUGUUCUCCGGUUUUAUUUUUAGUGCAGCGGUCCAACAGAGACAGGUUGUCAGGAUAAUUAGAUUGCAUUUCUUUGGAGCCCUCAGCUGUGAUUAUGAUUGCGUCACUGCUGUCAUGUUUUAUCUGUCUUGAGAUAUUCUGUUUGUCUGUUGUGCGGAGAAGAAUAAUUACAGUUACUCUUCCAAAAUACAAGGUUUGAUUCCAUGUACUUCAACUUGAA